AUGCCUUCUGAUCUGUCCAAUUACCUUGCGAAUAAAUAUCUCGUUGCCGAUGCGAAACCAAAGAAGAAGAAGCGCAAGCAGGCCACAGCAUCCAGCGGCCUACUUAUAACCGACGACGACGACGGAAGUUGGGGCCAGACAACACAGGGCGAUGACGACGCCGAAGAUGGACCUGUUACAGUGAUUGGCGCAUCGGCCGAAUUCCGACGAGCCAAGAAAAACAACUGGAAAAGCUUAGGCGCCGACAACGCGACCAAGGACAAGGACGAGGCCGCCGCCGCAGACGCAAUCCUGGCCUCUGCCGCUGCCGAGUCUGCCGCCGCGCGAGCAGAGGAUGAAGAGAUGCCCUUGGUGGAGGGAAGCCCCAGCGUCGUCAAGAUGAGCGACGGCACGCACGCCGGGCUGCAGUCCGCGGCCACCGUCUCCGCGCAGCUCCGACGGCGACAGCAAGAGGAGCGCAAGGAGUUUGAGCGGCACCGCAAGAACGCCACGGAGGAGGAGACGGUGUACCGAGACGCAACCGGCCGACGGAUCGAUAUUUCGAUGAAGCGCGCCGAGGCGCGCCGCGCGGGCGCCGAGGCCGCGGAGAGGGAGCGUCUCGCCAAGGAGGCGCUCAAGGGCGAGGUUCAGCAGGCCGAGGCGCGCGCGCGACGCGAGCAGCUCGAGGACGCCAAGCUGAUGCCGCUCGCCCGCGGCGCGGACGACGAGGACAUGAACAGGGAGCUCAAGGCGCAGGAGCGGUGGAACGACCCGAUGGCGCAGUUCAUAAGCGGCAGCGGCGGCGGCGGCAAGGAGUCGACGGGCAAGGGAAGGUCGAAGCGACGGCCGGCAUACGCGGGCGCGGCGCCGCCGAAUCGCUACGGCAUAAAGCCUGGCUACCGCUGGGAUGGCGUGGAUCGGGGCACGGGGUUCGAGGCGGAGCGCUUCAAGGCCCUAAAUAGGAUAAAGAGAAAUGAGGGACUUGACUACGCGUGGCAGAUGGAUGAGUAG